AUGGAGGCGUGGCGUAGGGAGAUGCGGGCCAAGGAACUGACGCGUCGUCGGCGGGCGGGGAGCGGGUCGGCGGCGGCGGCGGCGCGCGUGAUGGAGACAAUUGAGGAGGAGGAGCAGGGCCGGGGCGACGGCGAGGUUCACGCGUACGGCGACGACGACGACGACGACGACGACGGCCGCGGAGGACCGGAUAGUCGGCGGACAACGGUGUCUUGUUCCACGGCCACGACGGUGUUUAGCAACAUCACGGGGCCGCGCACGUCGUUGUCGGCGCGCACGAGCAUGUCGAGCUGGACGUCGGAUCCGGGGCCGGAGGAGCCGGAGGCGGAUACGGCGUAUCGGCUAGCGUGGAUGUGGGUCAAGGGAUGGCGGAGCCGGCUUACGGUUGCGGGGACGCGGUGGAGUCGUGUCGUUGCCCCAGCGCGAGGCGACGGCCAGCACCGGAUACCGAGAGAAAGCGAAAUGGGCUCGUCCCAUGAAUAUCCUUCUAAUGCGUUUUUUAGCACGCCUGACACCUCUUUUCCGAAUAUUGAGCGUGUCGAGCGUCCAAAUUGGCUAGAACAGCCCCAGCUGAACCGGCACGACGACCAUGGAGUGAUAAUAGGAGGGCACCAAAGGGGAUUGAACAGCUUGGUGCCGUCGGCGCGAGGAUUAUUUCGCCAACAUGAGCCAUGCCAGGUCAACAUCAUCUUCGUGCACGGAAUAGAAGGUACCUCGCAUGAUACCUGGCGGAUCGAUGCCCUUACCAACGAAACGGAUUCAACAUACCAUGCCGGAGCCCCCAUCUGCGGUGGUGGCCACAACUGCUCCACCACGACGCUCCUUGUGCGAAAAUAUGGAUGUAUGGAUACGACUCUCGCGUUCGAGAGGGCAUGUUUCAGCGCGGAGAGGAAAAUGUGA